CUCACUUUUCUCUGACAGGGCAAAGGACAUAGAGUAUUCUUCUAAAAUUCCAAUUAAAUAAACUGAAGAUCACUUGAGGUGUACAAAUGACAAGGUGAGCAGAACACUGUUCUCACAAUGGGCGGCUCCAGAACUUCAGCGCAAGUUCUGCAACUCUCAGCUGUCGUGGUCGUAUGUAUAUCAACACUGGUCUCUGCAAUCCCAAAUACGACAUCAGGGCCAGGUUCACUGAUAUCUGAAAACAGUGGGUUCCAGGAAACUUGCCAUCCAGUAGUUCUACGAGAUGCCAGUCACAGAAUAUCUGCUGCAGUAGACACACUGGCAGGGGAGCUAUCCUGUAGGGGUAAAAAUGCGAGCAAAUCCAGGGAGCUGGAACAAAACCUCAGACAGAUUGUGGAGUCCACUUUAAAAGUCUUCUUUGACCUGAGCACCAAUGAGUCUGGAUUCAAUGUUCUGGAUAUAUUUGGCGUCUUCGACAGUCUGAGUCUGGGUAACCACAGUGACUCAAGAUUCAUCAGUCUGUGGUUCUCACUAAAGAUGGCUCCCCUUUUACCCUAUGUCGACAAAAACUUCCUGAUCCAGCUGAGCAGUCAGAACUUCAGCUGCAGUUCUUUCCAAGAAUUGAUUGAGGCUAUGAGUGAUGAACAGGAGACUUCUCAAAGAAUGGAGAGAAAACUCAUCUAUACAAACUUCAUUCGAGUCUACCUAUCAAGAAAGAACUUACCAGAACCUGGAUGCACACAAAAUGUGAAUGGAAAUGCAGAAUGGCUCAAAAGAAACCUUGGACAUUUUUCAAUCUUUGCAAGUCUUGAGGAACUUAAAGAAAUUAACAACAAUUUCUCUGCAGAAGAGGUUUUGGAACAACUCUCACCAAACCAGAAGGCUGAGCUGAUACUGGAUCCAGACAGCGGCGCUUUGGAAGAUGAGGCCAUCAUAAGGAAGGUGUUCACAAGCUUGACAGAGUCCCCUGAUGAUGAGCAGCUCAAACUGUUUUUCCAGGCUUUCACAAACAUCAACAAGCAGCAAAACAUCACCAUCAUCACAAAUCCAGGCGUACGGGACACCAUCUUGAACCUGACCUUGACAGCCCUUGCUGGUGAAUUUGAAGACUUUGAGGCUGAAGACUUUCAGCUGUGGUUCCAGGUCAAUUUGGCUCCUGUCAUGGCGAGCCUCCGUCCUGACAGCUUGGUGGUGAUCCCCAGUGACAUCAGCUGCGCAUCCUACGCAGCUAUACUCACUGGUCUUCAGCAAAGUUUGAAAUCCCUGCCACUGCACCUGUCACAGGGCGUGAUAUCAAGCAUAGACUCACUCAAGGAGACAUUCACACGUUGCUCAGUUCCAGAUUCCUUCACGUGCAAAGAAACCCUGGUUGAUGCUUUCGACCUGAGAUCGUUCCUUAGGUCUCCAGAUGUCAGCAAUGUCCAAAAUGCCAAGUGCACUAGUUUUGCACUGGCUCAAAGUGUGAGUGGGAUGGCCAAAGCUUUCCCUGCAAUGCCGUUGCAUAGACGACAAGGAAUCACAGAUGUUCUGCUGGGCUACCUGAGAAAAUCUGCCAAUGUCAUCAACGAGCCAGGUGGCCGUUGUGGACUCCUCUCACCAAACCAGAAGGCUGAGCUGAUCCUGGAUCCAGACAGCGGCGCUUUGGAAGAUGAGGCCAUCAUAAGGAAGGUGUUCACAAGCUUGACAGAGUCCCCUGAUGAUGAGCAGCUCAAACUGUUUUUCCAGGCUUUCACAAACAUCAACAAGCAGCAAAACAUCACCAUCAUCACAAAUCCAGGCGUACGGGACACCAUCUUGAACCUGACCCUGACAGCCCUUGCUGGUGAAUUUGAAGACUUUGAGGCUGAAGACUUUCAGCUGUGGUUCCAGGUCAAUUUGGCUCCUGUCAUGGCGAGCCUCCGUCCUGACAGCUUGGUGGUGAUCCCCAGUGACAUCAGCUGCGCAUCCUACGCAGCUAUACUCACUGGUCUUCAGCAAAGUUUGAAAUCCCUGCCACUGCACCUGUCACAGGGCGUGAUAUCAAGCAUAGACUCACUCAAGGAGACAUUCACACGUUGCUCAGUUCCAGAUUCCUUCACGUGCAAAGAAACCCUGGUUGAUGAGGACCUCAUCUGUGCUGCAGUCGACAGAUCACAACUGGAACAAACCCUGUCCAGUGGCAAUUCCCCUGAAGCCCUGUGCAAUUUUACCAUCACUCAGCAUGCCUGUUCCUCGGCUACACAUCUCACAGCCAGCAACUUGGUCACACUGAUGAAAUGCUCACUAGAAAGCCAAAGGACAUACCCGGUAGAAGUCUGGAAGCUUUUCUUCCAAAAAGCUUCUACUGCACUAGAGCAGGCUCUUGAGACCUUCGCCACCAUGGCCCCCAACAACAGCAGCCCAUCCUUGUCACAUGCUCUCGAGGCUCUUGGAGAGGUGAGCAUUGCAAACUUCAGCCAGGCACAACUGCAGAGUGAUGCCUUUGUCAGACUCUGGUUCCAGACAAAGAUUGGUCCGUUUUUGGCCUCUCCAUCCCCAACUUCCUAUUCUGCCUUAGCUCCAAGAACUUCAGCUGCCAAUCGUACCAGACAGUCAUCCAGGCACUCAGCAGGCAAAGGGUAUCCAUGGACAGAGAAACACAGCAAGCAGUCUUCACUCAUUUCAUCAAACCAUUCCUUUCAAGAAAUGACUCAUCAGAUCCUGGCUGUGUCUCUUUUACCAGAGGUAGUAAAGACUGGCUACAAGCAAACCUUGGCAGCUUCUCCGGUUUUGCAAGCCUGCAGGAUUUGCAAGCCCUCAAUCCCAACUUCUCCAGUAGCGAAUCGUUGUCAGUGCUCACUCCUACUCAGGUGGCGCAGUUGACACUGAGUUCAGGGGCCUCGAACGACACAGACCAAAUCGACCGUGUGUUUGAGCGACUUGAGGAGGGCAACGCGCUGGAAAAUGUGGAUGAAUUCCUGACACAGCUGACUGCAAACGGAAAGGUCCCUGACUUCCAACCUGUUGUGAGAGAUCGUAUAAUGAAUAGGACCUUCACCAUCAUCAGUCCCCAUUUCCAGCACUUCAAGGAAAACGACUGGUCCGUUUGGUUCCAUCUGAAACUGGUUCCUAUCCUCCCAAGUU